GACCACAAAGUGGAAGAAUUCAUCACUUCUCCACUCUAUUCAGUUAUGAUAAUCAGUUAUGAGAUGCUACUGCGAUCUUUGGAUCAAAUUCAGACUAUAGAAUUUAACCUCCUAAUCUGUGAUGAAGGACAUCGUCUGAAAAACAGCUCUAUUAAGACAAAUACAGCCCUUACUAGUCUGUCUUGUGAGAGGAGAAUUAUCCUUACUGGUACUCCAAUCCAAAAUGAUUUGCAAGAAUUUUAUGCAUUAAUUGAGUUUGUGAAUCCAGGAAUACUUGGUUCUUUAUCCACAUAUAGAAAGAUAUACGAGGAACCAAUUGUCAGAUCUAGAGAACCUUCAGCAACAAAGGAGGAAAAAGAAUUAGGAGAAAAAAGAGCAGCUGAACUCACACGCCUCACUGGACUUUUUAUUCUAAGAAGAACACAGGAGAUAAUAAACAAAUUUCUGCCCCCUAAAAAGGAGAACAUAAUCUUCUGCCGACCAGCAGCACUGCAACUUGAAUUGUAUCGAAAACUGCUUAGUUCUCGAGUUAUUAGGUCCUGUCUACAAGGCAGGCUAGAAAACAGUCCUCAUCUAAUAUGUAUAGGAGCUUUGAAAAAACUUUGCAAUCAUCCAUGUCUUCUGUUCAAAGCUAUAAAGGAAAAAAGCUGUGAUCCUAUGGCUGAUGAACACGAUGAGUCUAGCCUCUACGAAGGUCUAAUAGAUGUCUUUCCACAAGAUUAUACUUCAGACACUUUCUCUGAAACGGAUUCAGGAAAAUUGCAGGUGCUGGUGAAACUGUUGGCAGCAAUCCAUGAGCUCAAGUCUUCAGAAAGGGUCGUACUGGUAUCCAGUUACACACAGACAUUAAACAUAUUACAAGAGACAUGCAAACAUUAUGGAUACUCUUAUACUAGACUUGAUGGACACACUCCUGUCUCCCAAAGACAACAGAUUGUUGAUGCUUUUAAUAGUAAAUUCAGUCCAGCUUUUAUCUUUUUGCUGAGUUCAAAGGCUGGCGGAGUAGGACUGAAUCUGGUUGGAGCAUCUCAUUUGGUCCUGUAUGAUAUCGACUGGAAUCCUGCUACAGAUAUUCAGGCAAUGGCUAGAGUGUGGAGAGAUGGUCAGAAACAUACUGUACAUAUCUACAGACUGCUAACCACAGGCUCAAUAGAAGAAAAGAUUUAUCAAAGACAAAUCAGCAAACAAGACCUUUCUGGGGCAGUUGUAGACCUUUCCAAGACAUCUGAACACAUCCAUUUUUCCGUUGAGGAGCUUAGAAAUCUCUUUACUCUUCAUGAAGAUUCCAGCUGUGUUACCCAUGAUUUGCUUGAGUGCGACUGUAUGGGAAAGAAAGAUCAUCAAAAUCCUUCCUCAGAAAAUCCUUCUGUAUCCAGAAGUUGUCAGCUUGGACAAAACCAUGGGAAGUCUAAUUCAAAGAAACCACUCUCCAUGUCACAGUUGAUGCAAUGGAAACAUUUCUCUGGGCAACAUCAGACUCUCGCUGAUCCUUUUCUUGAAAGGAUAAAAGAGAAUGUUUCUUUCAUAUUCCAGAAUGUAACGAGUCCAACUUCCCCCACCUAAUAAAAACUGAAGUGUCUUUCCUGACCACUUACAUCCUCCUCCUCAUAGGUAAACAACUGAUGUGCAGUUGCAUCAUUGUGUUGUUCUUUUUGCCAAGUUCUGCUUUAUGUAUUUCUGAUGAGGUUUCUGGGUAAAUGGGAUUCCUG